UUUACAAGCGGAUUUCGACUGCGUUUAAUUCUUCGCCAAACAGGAGUUAAAAGCAGCCACCACAGGGAAUGUUCAUGCUUUUAAGAACGCCUGAUUUUUCCUUCCCCUCUGUUUCCUAUAGGACAGAAGGAAACAUUACUCCUUAAUGAGUUACUUUGUCAGAAUGUCUCAUUUUCAGUCGAUCACGUGAUUCAAUUUUCUGGUUUUAGAAUAUUCCUGAGGAAAGUUUGUAUGUGAAAUGUAACGGGCGACUGGUUAAUGAUGAAGAUGCGCUGCAGGAUGGAGCUGUUUAUAGCCUGGAACCAAGACUUUGCGGUGGAAAAGGAGGGUUUGGAUCUAUGCUGCGAGCACUUGGUGCUCAGAUUGAAAAGACAACAAAUAGAGAGGCUUGCCGAGAUCUCAGUGGAAGGAGACUACGAGAUGUCAAUCAUGAAAAAGCGAUGGCUGAAUGGGUGAAGCAGCAAGCAGAGCGGGAAGCAGAAAAAGAGCAAAGGCGCUUGGAAAGGCUGCAGCGGAAACUUGCAGAGCCAAAGCACUUUUUCACAAAUCCGGACUACCAGCAGCAGUGUCAUGAAAUGUCUGAGCGACUAGAAGAUUCAGUCCUUAAAGGAUUACAGGCUACUUCGAGCAAAAUAGUGUCACCAGAAAGUGGCAAUAGUCGGAAGCGUCCGGGUGAAUCUGGAACGAAUGGAACAAAAUCUCGAAAAAGAAAAUGUUUUUGGCUGGGAUUGGAAGGAUUGGAUGAUUGUGACAGUUCGGAUUGUGAGGAUGACAGUGAAGAUGACUCCCCUCACGCAUCUGACGGAAGUUGUCCAUCAGGCAGCAGAUAUAAUGAAAAUGCUGGAAAUUCAAAUGAAUGUUCAAGCAGCUCUCUUGAUUCGGUGGAGGGUAGUCCAGCUAUCAGUGCAACCGUGAAACCACUGGAGCAGCCAGAAGGUACUGGAAGAGAUCUGCAAGGAGAGACAGACGCAGGUGGGCAAACUGAAAUUCCAGCUGAUGAAAACAGUAAAAUGGCAAAGCCUGUGGAGGAAGAGGCCCAAGAAAAGAGUGAGGUAACCCCAGCUCUGAAAGAAGAGGAACAACAAGAAAAGGUUUCUUCUGAGGCACAGGAAACUAACCCGUUGCAGAGCACAGUAGAAAACGUGGAAGUAGAACCAAUAGACCUGCUGGCAUUCAACUCUGCUGCUGAAAUGGAAGCCCUGGGUUUAGAUAAACUGAAGAUGGAGUUGAUGUCUUUAGGACUGAAAUGUGGAGGCACUCUAAAGGAAAGAGCAGCAAGGCUUUUUUCAGUGAGAGGUCUGUCUAGAGACCAGAUUGAUCCUGCCUUAUUUGCAAAGCCCUCUAAAGGGAAAAAAAAGUGAUUUUUUUUUUGUUUGUUUGUUUGGGUUGUUUUGUUUUAAACAUAAUUUUGUAUCUGUGUCCUUUUAAAUUUUUAUUCUGUUGUCAUUCUGUACUGCCACAUAGAAUUCUUUGGCAUGCCUGGAUAGUCUUUUGUUUCUAUUCUUAAGGAAGUUUGAUUAACAUAACACAGAGUCAGUUGCUAGAUAGCGAGCUAGUUAUGUGUUCAAUAUUAAAGGAGUCAAACUACUAUCUUUUGAUAAACUUUACAAAUAGCUAUAACAAGUCUCAGUGCAACAGGCAGAACAAACUCUCUCUAUAUGGAAAGAAAUAACCUGAAUGUUUUCUGGAAAAUGGUUGUAUGACGCUGUCAUUGCCUAUUUUAAGAAAAAUAGCAAUCCUUUCUUAGCUUUGUAUUGAAUCUCCUUUAAUGUGUAUUCCAGUUAGCACAGUUACAAUUGUCAAAUGAGAAACAUUGAACUUGUUAUCCAGGCUUAAAGGCUGAAGUUUCUUUAUAUAAAAAGAGCAUUUUUAUAUGGAUGAGGUCAGUAUAAAUAAAUACACUGUGCCGUGAGUUUCUGUGGGAUGUCAGGUAUCAGUAGGACAUAAAUUAUUAAUGUGUGUAGGUACUUCUUUUAGAAGAAGUUAAAUAAGGUUAUUUACUUAUUUUGCUAUGGAAUAGUACCUGAGCGAGGGAGAGAAUCACAUCCUGAAGAAAUUAAGAAGAAUAAAGUAUGCUUGCUGGCUGCUGAAGGUUGGUAACAUACAGAGUGACCAUCUGAAGCUGAAUGGGAAAUUUAGGAUGGGUUUUUUCACUUUCUUUUUUCAGUGAUAAAAGCAAUGGAAUUGUCUCCCAAGGACUUAAAUAUCUGUGGGGGUGGUGCUUUAUCCUAGAGUGGCAUCUGUAAUCUCUGUGCUGGGAGUUACCCUGCGAGGUGGUAAGGGCAGCGUGCUUGCCUCCCCUGCCGCUGCUCUGGUUUGAGAGGGUUUUAAAAAGUGUUCAGUUCAGUGCCUCAGAUUGCAGAUUUUACCACCAUAUGCUGGAGAAUAUUAUGUUUAUGAUCUGCUUUCAGGUUUUCUUGUAGUGACGCUUGAGAAAUUAAAAAUUCUUUCUCCUGUUCUGUCAUGAUAGCAUCCGUUUAUCUGUUUUAAAGUUUGGCUCAUAAAGUUUAGUUUUGAAUUGCAAUACUGGUAGGAAGCUGGCUUCAAAUGCUAGGAAAUCAGUCUGCUCAUGUAGUAUUCAGUAUUUCUAACGUGCAGUUUGUAUCUGAUAUUUCGGUCAGCUUUGCAAUCUUACGACCUCUCCUCAGAAGCUGUUUUGUUUAUGCUUGGAAAUUUUGGAUGGAGAGAGGGUGUUAAAGCUCAAGGAUUGAUUCUUGACAAACUCCACAGGCAAGCCGUUAAAAGUUAUGUUGGUGCAGCUGCUCCAAAAUGCUGGUUAACCUGACAGUUUAUCCUUCCCUCACCUACACCACCUUCCCAGGCACGCUUUGUUAUAAAAUAACAUGGGAAGGCAGGCUUGCUGCCCCGUCAGUUUGUGUGUGUCCCCUGGCCCCCCUGGGUGCGGGUUGGGGGGCUGUGGGAGCCCCGUGCCAGCAGGCGUCGCUGCGGGCC